AUAAUAGUCUUUUGCCACUUAAUGAAGAAGAUAUUUUUGAAAAUGUCUUUUUAGUGGUAGUAAAAAUGAAAAGUGGUAGCAUGAAAGUGGUAAACAUAUAAUUUUCCCUUUUCUAAUCUCGCUACCAGUAGCAUCUUUUUAAUAUCUACAAAUUUUAGAUAUAUUAUUUAGUUUUACGUUUUGAACUUUUGAUAAUCAUAUGACUAACAAAAUUUUAUCUAAUUUUUAUAGAAUUUGAUUUAAUAUUUUUUAACCAAAGAAAUAGAUAAAAAUAUUUCUAAGAUUAUCAUUUUUAAUAUAUACAUAUAUGUUAUUAAAUAAAAAUUGAAAGAAAAAUGAUUUAUUUUAUUUUAAUUUUACAUAUAAUUAACUUACAAUUUAAAAUUAAACAUUGUAAGGAGAUAAUAAAGUCAAAAAUUAACAAAAGUUUAUUUUAAAUAUGAUUUAAAUUUUAAAACUUUAUUUCUGCACAUGUGCAAGAAAACACAUAGUAACUUUAUAAAAGAAUAGUUUAUUUAAUUUAAAAUCUUACAAAAAAGAUGUUAGGUCCAAUAUAAUAUUUCUAAAAUGAUUAAAUUGUUAGAUAUCUUUUAUAUACUACUUAUGUCAUAUCACCUCUUCUGAUGUGAGAUUCUUAACACAAGUGUUACCUAUCUGAGCUCUGAAUACUAUAAAUACUCUCAUAUAGUAGGCAAAAUUAAUCAGCACAAAAUCUUGUUCUCUUUUUCUAUGAGCUUUUUUAAACUUGUUGAAACAAACAUAAAUUAAAGUUUCAUUAGUUUUGAUGGGUAGUGCUAAAUCAGCCAUGCGGAUCUUCUUACUAGCAAUGCUCAUCGCAUCUUGUGCCACGGCCAUGGACAUGUCCGUCGUUUCAUACGACUAUAACCACCAUGUUGUUGGCAGUUCUGGCCACCGUGUGGCCACUGGUCCCAGCCACAGCGACAGCGUUUUCGACGCUGAGGCCAUGCUGAUCUUCAACUCAUGGAUGGCCAAGCAAGGGAAAGUGUACAACUCCGUUGCCGAGAAGGAACGGCGUUUAACAAUCUUUAAGGACAACCUCCGUUUUAUCACUAACCGGAACGCAGAAAAUCUCAGUUAUCGACUUGGUUUGACCCGGUUUGCUGAUAUAUCUCUCCAUGAGUACACUGAACUUUGUCACGGGGCUGCUCCAAAACCACCUAGAAACCACGUGUUUAUGACUAGUAGCGACCGAUACAAGACUAGUGCUGGUGAUGUACUUCCUAAGUCCGUUGACUGGAGGAAUGAAGGUGCUAUGUCUGAAAUUAAAGAUCAAGGCCAUUGCAGGAGUUGUUGGGCUUUCUCGACUGUGGGGGCAGUGGAAGGCUUAAACAAGAUCGUGACAGGAGUGUUAGUCACUUUGUCUGAGCAAGAUUUGAUCAACUGUAACAAAGACAAUAAUGGUUGCGAAGGAGGCAAAGUCGAGACUGCCUAUGAGUUCAUAGUUAAAAAUGGUGGUCUUGGUACCACCAAGGAUUAUCCUUACAAGGCUGUUGAUGGAGUCUGCGAUGCCCACCUCAAGGAAAACAACAAGAAUUUUAUGAUUGAUGGGUAUGAGAAUUUGCCUGCAAACGAUGAGCAUGCUCUAAGGAAAGCGGUUGCUCACCAGCCUAUAACCGCCAUUAUUGAUUCCAGCAGCCGGGAAUUUCAGCUUUACAAAUCGGGAGUUUUUGAUGGAACGUGUGGAACAAACCUAAACCAUGGAGUUGUUGUGGUCGGGUAUGGAAACGAAGACGGUCGUGACUACUGGAUCGUGAGAAACUCGUGGGGAAACACUUGGGGAGAGGCUGGCUACAUGAAGAUGGCCCGCAACAUUGUCAACCCAAGAGGCUUAUGUGGCAUCGCAAUGCGAGCUUCUUACCCUCUCAAGAACUCCAUUUCUACCGACGUAAGGUCCAUGACCUAAUAAAAUAAACUAAAUAUAUGCUAUGCGUGCAAUGGAUCGAGUGAGCGAACAACUUAUUCGAAAUAAUCGAGUCGAUGGAUUUGCCUUUGUAAUAUAUCCUGGACUUGUAUGGGGUCAAUGUUUGGAGUUUGUAUCAUGUUUAUGAAUAUUUCGUUUUGCGUGUGAUAAUGAAUAUUUUAUGUUUUUAAAAUUUGUUUCCUUUUAAUUAGUACUAUUUUAUCAA